AUGACUUCCAAAUCCAAGGGUAGUGUUCCAGGUGACACGGCGUCCUCGUCUCUCCUUCUGUCAUCUGCACCUUAUCAGCGGCUGAUCACCAAAGAGGGACGCUGUGCUUUUCGUGUCCCUCUGUCUUCUUCAGGCUCACGGAGAAAGUCUUUGCACAGAGCUUGGCUGCUGGCCCUGCAGGACCUGUGGGGACUGCUGGUAAAUCUUCGCUGGAGAUGGACUCUUCUGGCCUUCUGCAGCUCCUUCGUGGCUCACUGGUUGUUUUUUGCCUGUCUCUGGUAUUUGUUGGCUCAUCUGAAUGGAGACCUUGAUGUGCAAGAUCACGAUGCCCCACCACAGGGGCAUGUUGUCUGUGUAAAGUACAUUACAAGCUUCUCUGCUGCCUUUUCUUUCUCUUUGGAGACACAGCUAACCAUCGGUUAUGGCACCAUGUUCCCCAGUGGAGACUGUCCCAGUGCCAUAGCGUUGCUAGCUGUACAGAUGCUGCUGGGGCUCAUGCUGGAAGUAUUUAUCACAGGUGCAUUUGUAGCCAAGCUCUCCCGCCCCCAGAAACAAGCAGGAGCCAUCCAGUUCAGCCCCCAGGCAGUGGUAGGUCAACACCUGGGCCAGACGUGCCUCAUGAUUCGAGCCACCAAUCUGCUGAAGCGGCCUCUGGUCCAUGUAAAGUUGAGUGCUGUGCUUUACAAGUGUGAAGGUCAGGCUCUCCACCAGACCUCUCUGGACUUCUAUUUGGACCAUUUGGGCCAAAAGGCAUGUCCUUUGUUCAUAUUCCCACUCACCUUUUACCACCCCCUGGAGCCUCAGAGCCCGCUCUACCCUGCCCUGUGUGAGGAGUCCUCCACUAACUUUGAGUUGGUGGUUUUUCUGUCGGCCUUGCAGGAGGGAACUGGUGACUCAUGCCAGAAGAGGACCUCCUACCUUCGCCAAGAAAUCAAAUUAAACCACUGCUUUGCCCCUGCUUUCAGGAUAGACUCCCGCGGGAGGUACACAGUGAGCACCCAGCACUUAAGCACAGCCCCCUCAAAUGAGCCUGUGAACAAAGAGUCUGUAGUGCAGAUCAACAGUGAUGGGAUGGAGUAA